CUCACUGUGAAUAUGGGACACAGCCUGGCACCUGCUGUUCUGCUCUGCCUCAUCACAUGGAUUGCUUCACUUCAUAUAACCAGUGGUUAUUCAUCUAAGUGCUGUAUCAAGAAUAAAAACGUCAUAGUCCGCCUGGACAACAUUGUAGGCUACAAAGUUCAGCCUCAAGGUUUCUGUCCCAUCAUGUCUGUGGCGUUUUUGACCAAGCAGAACAAAUGGAUCUGCUGGGACCCUGAGGAACCAUAUGCACAAAGGGCCAUGCAGAAAGUGGACCAGCUCAGACACACUCAACAACAGAGAGAAGUUACAGUUCCACCUACGGCUAAAGAAAUGACUGUUGGCCAAACAACGGCUCAACUCAGUAGCAGCAAUUCAACGCAACUUCAGACUCAGGUUCACAAGGUGAUGGUGAGGGAGGUGGACAACACUAAAGGGAAAAAAAACUCCAGAAGAAAAACAAAGAAAGGAAAGAGGAGGAAUAAGAGAAGAAGAAUGUGAAUAUGGUCCAAUCAACAAUAGUUUUCAUAAUAAGCUGUUGUUGCACCUGUUUUGCAUUGCUAAGUUUGUUGUUUCUUUUAUUUGCAAUAUAUUAAUAUAUUUGAAUGUCCUUAAAUGUAUGUUUGACAAGAGACAUUUAAUAAAUAAUUAA